AUGUUGUCCGUUGUUCAUAGGUGGUCACGCCCACCCCUAAGAAAGUACCUCUUAUCUGCCAUUCGUUUAUGCUGCGAUUCUUCAUCCAUUCACAAAUUCGUAACUCAUAACCCACUUUCGAUUCCCUAUUUAGGAAUCAUAUCCACAUAGAGCGCGAGAGAGAAUCAGAAGGAGAAAAAGAAAAAAAUGAAAAGGGGUCAGCCACAACAAGAUUACAACUUCAAUGACGGCGGCGGCAGCUCCUCCGCGGCACCCGGUGGAUCUUCGGAUUGGAGGUCUGAUGUGGCCGGGAAAUCAAAUAUGUGGGAUGAAACUGGAAAACAAGAUGGUGGCGAUGAUGAGUUGUUUGCGAUGCUCGGGUACAAUCUUAAAUCGUCCGACAUGGCUGAAGUCGCCGAUAAAAUUCAGCAUCUUGAAGAAGCUUUGGUGAAUGACGUCGAAUUAUCUCAACUUGCCUCCGAUUCUGUUCAUUACAAUCCUUCCAAUCUAUCGACAUGGCUUGAGACUAUGAUGGUCGAGUUGAACCCUACAAGUCAACAACUCGUUACCGAUGACUCCGCUAUGAACACCGCCACCGCCAUCGCCAUCGCCGACGUUCCAGCGAACGAUAACGCAACCGCGGCGGUGCAACCAACUUCUGUCUUCAUGGGAAAUCUUGUAUCGGUCCCGGAUGUUGUCGCGAUUCAGUCCCCGGUUAAAAGAAUGAAACCCUCAAGGGUGUCGGUGGCGUCGACUUCAAACAAUCCAAACGCGGUGGUGCUCGUGGAUUCACAGGAUAACGGGAUUCGUCUUGUACACACUUUGCUUGCGUGUGCAAGAGCUGUACAUGAACAGCAGAUCCAAAUGGCCGAAAACCUAGUGAAACAUGCCGGAAUGUUAGCUGUGUCUCAGCCGGGACCGAUGAAGAAAGUUGCCGGUUAUUUCUCCGAAGCACUUGCCCGGCGAAUCUACCGAGUUCGGCCUCAGACCCCACUAGAUUCGCCGGCGUAUAAUGAUCGUCUUCAGACCCACUUUUACGAGGCCGGCCCGUAUAUGAAAUUCGCCCACUUCACUGCAAAUCAAGCAAUACUCGAAGCUUUUUCCGGCAAAGAGAAGGUUCAUGUGAUCGAUUUUAGUAUGAAACAAGGUACGCAAUGGCCGGCGUUGAUGCAGGCCUUGGCUGUUAGACCUGGUGGUUCUCCUUCGUUCCGAUUAACCGGAAUUGGCAUGGCUCCGGUGGAUAGUAUCGAUAAUAUGCAGGAAUCCGGUUGGAAGUUGGGUCAGUUGGCUGAUGCAAUUAAUGUCAAGUUCGAGUAUAAACCUUUGAUUGUCCAGAGUUUGGCCGAUAUUGAACCUGGUAUGCUUGAUCUGAGAGCCGAUGAGGUGAUCGCCGUUAAUUCAAUUUUUGACUUCCAUAAGUCGCUAGCUACACCCGGAGCUUUCGAGAGACUGUUAUCAACGGUGAAGGCUAUGAAGCCGGAGAUUAUAACAGUGGUGGAGCAAGAAGCCAACCAUAACGGGGUUGAUUUUUUGGAAAGGUUCAACGAGUCGUUGAAUUACUAUUCCACCCUUUUCGACUCACUGGAGAGCAGCUGUAUUAGUAGUGGUUCUCCGGUGUCGUAUAAUAAAGAUAAGGUCAUGUCGGAGAUGUAUCUAGGGAAACAGAUCUGUAACGUGGUUGCAUGCGAAGGUGAGGACCGAGUUGAGCGACACGAGACGCUAAUUCAGUGGAAGACUCGGUUUGAGUCUGCCGGAUUUCAGGCGGUUCAUUUUGGUUCCAACGCCUUCCGGCAGGCUAGUAUGUUACUGGCAAUCUUCGCCGGUUGUAUUGGGUAUAAGGUACAAGAAAACAAUGGUUGCUUGAUGUUGGGUUGGCAUACUCGACCUCUGAUCACCACCUCCGCUUGGAAACUCAGGUGAACUCGGAUGAGUCAACACAGUCGCUCUAAACAUAGUAAAUUGGUGUCAACUGGGUUUCAACUUUCAACAGCUGAGCUGGAAGUACUAAAUGAGACUCAUGUGGCCCACUUUCGUAGAGCAAACUUUUUUUUUGGUAUUUGUUUCUUUCAUGUUUUUUUUUAAUCUUUUUCUUUAAAAUAUAUACAAAACAAACAGGUUUAGUUUUGUUAUAAAAUAAUUAGCAUAGACUAACUAUCAUACGGAACUAUUGAACUAUUAGAAAUCGGUUUACAUCAUCUAA